UCCGGCACCAUCAUCGUCAUCGGCCAUCAUAAACGGGAAAACUGCAAAACGUCUGCAGGUUGUUCGGUAUCGCGGCAAUUUUCACCUAAUUUUUCCUCAAAAUUCCAACAAAAUUCUGUUCGGUUUCAAUCUCUUUCGUUAGUGCAAGUGUGGGUCUUCUCGCGGAACGUGUUUAACUUCCGAGCGGUGCGUUGUCCGCAUGAAUAGAUGAGUUUGAAAUUUGCAGGCGGCGGUGUGCGAAUCAUCAUUAUUCAUCAUCAUCCAAGCCGCCAUCCGCGGCAAGUAUACCGCAUACCGUAACAGGGGAGGGUCGUUCGCCCCCUCGGUGCCCCGGCAGCAAUGGAGUCCGAAGACGAACCGCAACAUUCGCAGCAGCACCCACCGAAGAAGUCCGCUAAGCAGAACAACGCUCUGCCGCUAUGGGGAAACGAAAGUACAAUGAAUCUAAACCCGCUGAUUCUGGCCAACAUUCAGGGGUCCAGUUACUUUAAAGUGUCCUUGUUCAAACUGAAGACUUAUCACGAAGUGGUAGACGAGAUCUACUAUCAGGUCAAACAUCUGGAACCCUGGGAACGGGGAUCCCGUAAAACGUCCGGCCAGACUGGAAUGUGCGGUGGGGUUCGAGGAGUCGGAGCGGGCGGAAUUGUCUCGACCGCGUUCUGUCUGCUUUACAAGCUUUACACACUGCGUUUGACGAGGAAGCAGGUAAAUGGGCUACUCACCCAUACUGACUCGCCGUACAUUAGAGCUUUAGGUUUUAUGUAUUUGAGAUUCACCCAACCUCCAACUGACUUGUACGAUUGGUACGAACCGUACCUGCUGGAUGAAGAAGAGAUUGACGUGAAAGCUGGAGGUGGCCAGACUAUGACAAUCGGGCAGAUGAUCCGCCAGUGGCUGACCAAACUGGAGUGGUUCACUACGCUGUUCCCGCGUAUUCCGGUACCAAUCCAGAAACAGAAUGUCGCCAAGCUGGAGCAAUUUGCGCGGGAGAAUAAUAUCACGUUCCCGGAUCCGGCCAGUAGUGAUCGCUACAAUAAAGCAAAUGCUCAACGCUACGAGCGCCCAAGUGCGAGUGGGAGUUCGCGUGACGACUACGGUGAACUGAGUCGCGGGACAUACAGUGGCCACUGUGAUCGCGAUCGUGAGCCGUCGCGGACGGCUUCCCGCUACGAUCGUGACGAUGAUCUUCGUCGCGAAAGGGAGCGAGAUCGCGACCGAGGUAGGCGGGAUCGGGAUCGGGACUAUGAUCGCGGUGGUCGGGACCGAUACCGUGAGAAGCCUAGGUCCAGAUCGAGGGAACGGGAGCGUGAUCGUCACCGCGAUCGAGACAGGGAUUACGAUCGACGGCAUCGCUAGGUAUUAAAUUGCACGCGGACGAGUGUUUAUGAAAAGAAUGCUAACUUAUUUCCGAUCAUUCGAUGAACGUUUAGAAUCAAGCCGAGUAAUUAAUAACGAAAGCACAUUUUUAAACGACAAGUUUUAAAAAUGUCACACAACAGCAUUGCUUGGUACGGCUUGGCAUGGCAUCCACCGGGACAGAUUUUCUACGUUAUUGACCAGCCCCGGAUGGAGCCCAGCCGAGCGUUUGUUAUCUUCAAGACAAGCUAGAACACUGAGUACCUUUAUGCAGGCGAAUAGUAGCAACUUCAUUACGGGAUAUAGAUGUUUCAUUUUCUUUAUUUUAUCAUACACAUACUUUCAAUACCUCUUACUAUCUACGAUUACAAUUAAAGUUUUAAUACAGUUAAAGCGCAGCUUCGACCUACGCCGGAGGUGCCCCAAACAAUCGUCACUUGAGAAUUUUGCGUCCAAAUUACCAUGCGUUGAUUGACAGAACUCUCUCAGAGUGAAAUAAAACUUGAAAAUGAUUGUAAAAGUCUUCUAUUGACACGCAACUUAUUCGAUUUUGUACUUUGUAAAUUAAUGUUCCAAUCAGUAAUAGAAAUCGUCAUUCUCAGUUCUCACGUGAUUUUGAAAGAAUCAUUUGCAUUUCAUCGGACGAGAACAUAUAUUUUUCGGUCAUAAUGAAGCGUAACAAGCUUGCUAACAUGUCAAUAAUUACUGAUUCAUUUACCGACAUUGUUAUUGCUAUAACUUGAACCAGGAAGAUAAAUCCAUUCUAUCUGUUGAAUGAAAUUACUUGCCUGAAUAGGACACGAUCGGUGAAAUAUUAGAUUUGUAGUAUUGAGCUGAUUUUUUGUAUGUUGAGAUGGUAAAUUCUCAGUUUAUUUCAUACAAUGGUGCAAACAGCGUGGGUAUUAUGAUUCUUAGCCUAAGUUGAUGCUGCUGGAGCAAAACUUCAGGAACCUGUUCUGUUGAAGAGGCAAGAAAUGAAGAAUACAACAAGAAAAUUACCCAAAGUUAUGCCCAAACAACAUCAAAGAAGGGAAAAAAAACAUAAUACCCACAGAAAAGACAAAAGGAUUAAAAAAAUUGAUUCCAAAUAGGCAUUUCAAAGUCAAUUUGUAAAACUCAGUUGAACAUCAGGAUGAGCGUGGCAUUUGGCAAACCAGUUAUCAGGCAUAAUGGACAUUCGACAUGACCAAAAUGCAUUCUUCUUAUGUCAAAUGUCCAUUAUGCUAACUGUUCUUUACGUCAAAUGCCACAAACCGUACAUCAUACAACCUGUCUGUUAUAAUGCCGCUUAGCAUAAAAUUUCAGGUAUUAGAAUCGUUUUGCAUAAUGAUAAAUAAAUAACUUGAUAAACAUUUGGUUGAUUUCAUAAAUAUACUUUGAUCAUCAUGUUACAAAAAAAUGUCUAACUCAAUCGGGUCAAAACUGAUUACUGGUUUAAUAAAAUGCGACGCAUAGUAUCUUUGCAUUCACACAGUUUCAUUAAAAGUACUCUGAGAGUAUUCUAUCAAUCAAAUAUACGAUUUCCAGCAAAAUUCAACACAUCGCUUGUGGUCACAUCAGUCUUCACACAUAUUCGCCAGAAGAGAACAACAAGUUAAUCAUGUUGCUGUUAGUAGGUUUUACGAUGUACGUUUCUGUGCAGCAAUGAGUACGCUCACAGCAAUUUACAAUGAAACGGGUAGAGACGAAAUCAAAAGUUGUUCUCUUUUUGGUCCUUCUGGAUGUGACGGUGACUCACCUCCGGCUAAAUGCCAGCUGUGUACCACCUCGAACCUCCCUAAGAAUCCUCAUAUCUCCAUGCUCCAAUCGGCGCACUUCUACAAACACGAAAGUCACAUUCGAAGCACAUUUCGAUGGACGAUCCCUUUACAAAAGCGGAAGGAAGAGUUUCUACCUCAGAUACGGUAUAGAUAAGCAACUAGCUCGUAUGUGUCCAUUGGUUUGUAUGGACUUUCGCUAUUCUUCAAACGAUUUUCAGUUUUUGUACCUUUUCCAAUAAUAAGAAAGAAAACAAAUCAUCAACACUAAGUACGUUAGGAAGUAUGCUAGGACGACACGCGGCAAGUUUCUAUUCGUUUUGUUUCGAUUGACUUAAACUCUGUAGUUCGUAAGGUGUAGGUAUUUUAGAUCAUAGAAGAGUUCAGUUCCAUUCACAAGCAUGCAGCAGAAGAAGCUAGCCCGGAAUCGCAUACAGACAGUGCAUGAUAACGGCUCAGGUUUUACACAAAAGACACAUCUCAUACACAAAUAGAUACACAGCACCUUCAUGAGUUGAUAGAUACCAGCAGAGAGCAAAUUUUGUUCAACCAAGGAGACUGGUGGACAAUUGUUAUUAGUUUAGGUAAACAACAUCGUUGCAGCACCACUUAGCCACGUAUCUGUACCUAUAGGAAAUGCGCGUAUGAAUGACUUGUGUUGCGAAUAAAAGAAUCCAGACUCAAAAUCUUAUUUAAAACCAUUCGAGUAUUGCAUCUAUUAACAUAUGGUACAGAAAGAACGUGUCUUGAUUGAGUAUGUUUGCGAAACAUAUAGAUAUAGUGAAUUUGCACCACAGAAACUAUUGUGUAAAGCGUGAGACUGUAGCGAAUACCACAGGAAACACACCAGGAGUAAAAUAAAGAGCUGUACUAGCAAUGUUUCGGA